CCCCGCCCGGCCGCAGGGCGCAGGACGCAGGCCGCUCGCCCCUCGGCCAGACUUGCCAGGCUCGGGCGCUCGGCUAUCAACAUCAAGCAGUAGCACUGCAGGUCUGCUGCGUGCAGCACAACAGCAGACCAUGAUCCCGAUUACAAUAUCUAGAGUCAACCAGUUUGAUGCUGCGAGGCUUGAUGUUGAAAUGUCCGCUAUGUUGAAAGAGCAGCUAGUCAAAGUAUUCUCUUUGAUGAAGCCAGGACUCUUAUUUCAGUAUGAGCCUGAACUUGAUGCGUUCCUCGAGUUCCUCAUCUGGAGGUUCUCUAUUUGGGUAGACAAGCCAACCCCAGGGAAUGCACUAAUGAACUUGAGGUACAGAGAUGAACGGGCAGCACCCAUCGCAGGAAAAGAGGUCAGAACAGGUUUGGAAGGACCUGGACUUUCAGUUUCUCAAAAGAUCUUGUAUUGUAUUAGCACUGUUGGUGGCCAAUACUUAUUGUCCCGCUUGCAGUCUUUUUCUGCUUUCCGUCGAUGGGGUGAUUCUGAACAGAGACCACUAGCGCGUCGUGCAUGGGGUUUGGUACAACAUGCUGAAGGAUUAUACAGAGCUGUUUCAUUCUUUAACCUAUUGUCAUUUCUUUAUGGUGGAAGAUAUAAAACUAUCGUGGAAAGGAUUCUGAAAGCAAGACUUGUUUAUGGGAGCCCCAACAUGAAUAGAGCAGUAAGCUUUGAGUACAUGAAUCGGCAGCUGGUUUGGAACGAGUUCUCGGAAAUGUUGCUUUUGCUUCUCCCCCUCUUAAACUCAUCCUCAGUAAAGAAGUUCCUCCUUCCCUUCUCUAAAGAUAAAUCAGCAAGUUCUUCUGGUGAUGAAGCAAACUGUCCUAUAUGUGUCUCUAAUCCUAGCAUUCCCUUCGUAGCUCUCCCAUGUCAACACAGGUAUUGUUACUAUUGCCUACGAACACGUUGUGCAGCUACAAGUUCUUACAGAUGUGCACGCUGUAAUGAGGUUGUCGUUGCAAUUCAAAGACAUGGAUCAAGUUAGUUUUACUUGGGUUCAGGAAUUCUUGCGCAUACAUCGCCUUCUGUUGUAACAAGAACGCUUCUUCACCCACCACCAUCAGAUUUUUAAAGCUCCGGUCCACAUAUUAUUGACCAGAAGCAAGACAUUUUGGGAUUGAAACUGGUGGUGUUAAACAUCAUGUUUUGUUUUUGUUUGUAUAAGUUAUGUUAUAGCAAAGUCCACAAGAUGGAAUUCACUUUCUGGGCAGACAAGAAUAUGUUCUUUCUAGAGGAAGAUGUAACUUAUAUUUAUGGAACAUUGUACUAGUGAUUUAUUUCUUUUUGUCGAAUAGUUCACAUCUUAGCUGGGCAUUGUAUGUUUGUAUGACAAGAGCCAGAGGUACUUUAAACUGUCACCAGUAACCUGCA